AGAAAGGAGCCAAGGACAUUACUGUGAGUUUUCACCCUACUUAUUGGUUACCAAUCGUUGAUAACUUAUUCACAGUAGAAAGCGGCCUCAACCACGACCAGAGGAGUAUUCCGCCCGGCCAUACAAUCCGAUGGGUCCCGACCCACGAGUAAUGGGAGGCUAUCAGCAUCCGCCUGUAUCCGGGUACUUGACGUCCCCCAGUCAUGACUACCCAUCUCCAUAUUCGGACGGUGGGAAAAGGCAGCGUACGGACAAUCAUGUCAGUCCGCGACAUUCAAUCGAUGCACGAGCGCCAGAACAUCAAUACAUGGCUCGGGCAUACGACCAGCAACACCAGCAGCCGCAUCCGCAACAUCCGCAACAUCCGCAGCAUCCUCAACAUUAUCAGCAUCCUCAACAACCACAACCACAACACCAUCACCAGCAGCAGUCACAGCAGCAGCAGCAACCGCAGCCCUAUAUGUAUCCUCCGGUAUCCCAAGGGCAGUAUCCCCCAUACAGCGGCAACUACAGCCAGCAACCACCCCCACCGCCUCUGCCACCUUCGACACAGUACGGGGCACCGCCACCCUCACCUGUACAUUCGCUCCCCGAUUCCUCUGCAUACGGACAGAGGGCGAACCCAACAGCUCAAUCUCAUUCUCCUUCACCUUACCAUUCGCCCCGGACCCAUACAUAUUCUCAGCAGCGCUCUCCACUUCCUCCGACGGUGGCACCGCAACCAUCAACCCAGUUCAGAUUUCCUCAACAACCCCUUCCCCACCAAGGAAGUGCACCUCCUCCGAUAGCUCCACCACGGAUCAACUCGCCUUCUUCAAGAAAUCCGCCAUCUUCGCAUGCGCCAUCUUCACAUGCGCCAUCUCUGCGGCCGCUACAUGCUCCAUCUCCACUUGGCGGGGGCGGACCACUCCCACAGUCGUCGUCUUUGCCGCCGAUGCCGCCGCCGUUACUUUUGGCGGAUCAACGACCACCACCUCCACUGUUGCAGCAGUCAAAUACAAAUCCUGUCUACUUGCCUCCGCUGCUGCAGCUUCCUCCGAUGAACUCGGGUUCGCAGAUUCCAUUACCGGGAGGGCAACGGAACACGAUGCCGCCUAUGCUGACACAACCGCCCAAGUAUCCUGGGCCACCUUCCUCGCAGCAGAAACAGCAAUCAUCCGCAUAGUGUACAGAUUAUCACGGAUUUCCUUGGCAGUCGGUUUACGGAAUCAUUGAGCGACCCGAGGGGCAUUUUGUGCGUUUAUUGUUUAAUUGGAUUUGGGCAUCGGAUGGGGUUUGAUUUCUUAUGGCAUAAGUUGAAUUUCGGAGGGGAGGGGGGAAGAGGGGU